CCAACUUUCCCCUCCCCUAGAGCUAACAACAAGUAAAGAAAGGUUCUCCACCUAUACAAUCAGCAGCAACCGAUGGCCCAGGUAGAGUUUGAGUUGGCAUGCGCAGCAGUUAAGCAGCUGACGGGCCCUGUGACUGACGAGGAGAAGCUGGUGGUAUACAGCUACUACAAGCAGGCCACCAUUGGGGACGUCAACAUCCCCUGCCCGGAGGUCACCGACUUCAAAGCCAAAGCCAAGUGGGAAGCUUGGAAUUGCCGCAAAGGGAUGUCCAAGCUGGACGCCAUGAGGAUCUAUGUGUCCAAAGUGGAAGAGCUGAAGAAAAGAUUGUGCUAAGGAGACGAGCCUUCUCGAGAGGGGAGCAUCAACUUAGUCUUGUUAUGGAGAGCGACUGAAUUCCUUUGAGACCGUAGGAACCUAGCUAGGAACCAACUCAUAAAUCGCUUCAAAAGGCA